AUGAGUGCAGUGAUAUCUAAACCAGAAGUUUUAUCACAAGAUGAAACUGUUACUCAUAGGUUUAGCCCUAAGAAGCAAUCAUUUACCACACAAAUGAUUCAAAAUUUUGAUCAAAUAAAACCAAGCACAUUAUUGAAUUUAAUACCAGAGCAAAUAGAGGAAAAUAAAAAAUCAAAAAGAAAUAGAAGGCCUGGUUUUAAAUAUUUUAAUUAUUUAAGGUAUAUCAUCGUAUUUUUAAUGUUCUUCACUAUAUUUAAUACUUUGAUAAUUUUCAUUAGAAGUUGCAUUGUAAUAUCAAAAGUUUUAGAAUAUAUUAUUUAUACCAAUUGCUUUCUAUUAAUGAGUAUCCUUUUAAUUUCCAUGCGAGUGUUACAUUUAUAUCUAACAGCUGAUACACACCCACCACCAUCAAUAAUCCGAUGUGCUGCAUCCAAAAGAAAUGAAGAAACAGGAGAUUAUUUAAUAAACUGUAACAAAUGUGGCAGACAGAUUACUCCAAAGGAAUCUAGGUCAAGUUUAAUAUUUAUGUAUUUGGAAAUUAUUUUUAUUUCAGCAUCAUUAAGUAUAAUAUGUUGUUUACUAGGUUAUUGCUUAUUGCCAGAUCCGGGUGAAAAGUCUCAUUAUCUUUUAAUAUUCAGAAUCAUAUUUUUCUGUAACUUGUGUCAAUGUUUAUGCGUGUUUUUACUUGCAUUGGAUAUUGUUAAAAAUAGUUCAGUUCAUCCUUUAGAUCUAAUUAACAGUAUUGAAUCAUAA